UCCAUGGAAUCCUGGGACCACUUGUUCAAGCCAAGGAAAGAAGGGGGAAGAUUCUGUCCAGCUGAAACUCAGAGCUGCUUUGAGUGUGGAAAUGGUUGGUUUUGUGAAUUUCACACGGGUAUGGAAGAAGCACAGGUCCAUUCUGAAGAAAGAAAUGGAUUCAUGAAAGCAAGCAGUGACGUCGUCUUCACCAAUCGCCUUUUCACACACUCCUUGGAUUUAUGUUUUGCCUGUUUGUACCACAGCUCUGUGAAUGGUGUUUCAGAGUUUCUCAGUGUUCCCAGGAUGCUCACUGUGACCAAGGCCUUGGAAGAGGCUCUUCUGCAGCACUUCAUAUACCAGAAACUGGACAUCGCCUAUGCCAUCAACAAGCCGUUCCCUUUCUUUGAAGCCCUCAGAGACAACUACUUCAUCACUGAGAGGAUGUACAAGGAAAACUGCAGCAGGAUCCCCCAGUCUCUGCCAGUGUCUUCCAGGGAUCACCAGACAGAAGACAAACAAGACCCUCAGGAGAUGUCCCAUGCUCCCUCAGGCCCUGUGCCAGUGACCAGAGACAACUUAACAUCCACAGAUACGAAGGAAGAAGGCUCAGCAGAGCUGCCUAGCCGAGUGCCUGGCACUGUGCACAGCCACACUGGUGAGCGCUAUCAGAGGACUCCAAGGGAGGACGACUCUAACAGGUCCUUGAAGGUAGUGAGGAGCACUCAGAAGACAAGGAUUGAAUGUGCUCAGGUGUCUAGAACACAGGGUAGGGCUGAGGGUGGGACCUGCUGUGGGCUUGCCUCAGUGUGGGAGGCUCUCCUAGAGUGGCCACAGGGAGGGCCACUCUUCACAAAAAGAAGGGAGAACCUGACACCACCAUUCUGGGCCAAGCUAGCCUUCUUCUCUGUUAUCAAAGGGAAGGAAUCAGGACCACUGCCAACUUCCUGUAAGGAGGAGUGGUUCGAUGCGGCCACUCCUGCUGCUCCGUCUCUCCUCCAGCCACCCUUCCCCCUCCCUCCCCAGACUCCUGCUGCAUGGAUCUCCAGCUCUCAGAUCUUCCCUGAGCCUGUCAUCUUCUCAGAAAAGCCUGAGGAUGACACCGCGGAUUUUCUCUCUCUUACACUUCCUGUGACCUGUGGUGAGGCCAAGGGGAUUCUCUACAAGGAGAAAAUGAAAGCAGGAUCCUCAGAGAAAUGCAUUCGGAAUGAGCAGGGGGCUUGGUUGACUCCAAAGGAAUUUUUAGUGGAAGGCAAAAGGGCGAAGUCCAAAGACUGGAAGCGGAGUAUGCACUGUGGAGGGAAGACCUUAAGACACCUGCAGGAGAAAGGACUUUUGUUCUGUCCUCCAAUGGUGAAUUUCAAGAGAUAGGUGACAAGCAGGUGGAUUCCUGCCACGUUCUCAGUGGCUGUGUCCUAGGAUCUCCGUGUCUGAGGCUUGCCUUCCAGCUCUAAGUGUCCCAGCUCUGAGAACCUUCAGAUUUGUGCAAGGAGACUCUGUCACCACCACUCCAGCACACUGACACAGGCACACACUACGUGCUACCUUUGUUCACAGUUACUUUGGGAAAGUAAAUGACUCUUUAAAA